AUGGAGGAGAUCCAGCCGAACAGCACACUCUACAUCAACAACCUCAACGAGAAGAUCAAGAUUGACGAGUUGCGAAAAUCGCUUUUCGCUGUUUUCAAGCAAUUCGGCGAGAUUCUCGAUGUGAUGUGUUUUAGGACACUCAAAAUGCGCGGACAGGCUCAUAUAAUCUUUGCGGAGAUUCCACACGCCACCGCCGCCAAGGAAGCGCUCUCCGGAUUCCCAUUCUACGAGAAGCCAAUGAAAAUCCAAUUCGCUCGCGAGGACGCCGAUCGUAUUGCCAAGGAGAAAGGGACCUAUGUGGAGCGGAAACCAAAAUACAUGUCUGAAAAAGUCCAGAAGAAGCCGAAAUCCAAGAAGAGAGAUGCUGGAGGAGAGGGACCAGCACCACCAAACAAGAUUCUCUUCUGUACGAAUCUUCCGGAUUCGGCGACCGCCGAAAUGCUCGAAAUCAUGUUCAAUCAAUUCCCUGGUCUCAAGGACAUCAGAAUGGUGCCGAAUCGUCCGGGCAUCGCGUUCGUCGAGUUCGACACCGAUUCGUUGGCUAUUCCAGCACGAACCACACUCAACAACUUCAGAAUCUCAGCGGAACAUGUCAUGCGUGUCGACUAUGCCAAGAAAUAA